AUGGAAGGGCACGCGACCACGGCGGCCGACGCACCCCAAACCCGCCAAAAUGCCCUCGCAGACAUCCACUUCGCGUCCAUUGUGGAUGGCGACCUCACACCUUCCGAAGACGAGACCCCCGAAGAGCGGACGCUGCAGCUAGAGACGGUCCAGUCCGCCAUAGGCGUUAGCAUUGGCCAGCAGCAGACGCGCUUGACCUCGCCCAAGACACCAGCUGCGGAGAAGGCGGCCGCACUCGAGGAAAGCGAUGGCGGUGCGCUCUUCGAGGGCUGGGAACAGCCCGCAGAGCAGAGCCCACCGCCUAUACCUCGCGAGUUUCCUCGCGAACCAGCCAACUCGUUUGCCCCAGCGCAGAACCACGAUGCGGAAGCUUCGGAGAAGGAACAUAUUGACCGGUUGCCCUCACCGUGGCGGGCUCAACCCAAAACGUUCACCAAGCAGGAUGACCACCGAGCUGCGCUACGCGAUACCCUCAACAACAAAUCUAGGCGACGUACAAUGUCUGGGGGCGCAAGUGACUACCUGAAGAAGUACAUACCGUUCAAUCUGCCGUCUAUGCCAAAGACGUCAAGCCUGCUUAAUUUCUCCUUGCCAAGUUUUUCCGUGUCUUCCUUUGACAGUAUUGGCCGUCAUCCCUCUGCACAUUCAUCUCAGUACCGCAAGCGUGUUUCUCCACCUCUGCGCCGCGGACCAAACGAGUUCCUCUCCCAGCACGAUGGCACUCCCCUGUCGAAACCCAUACGUCGGAGGAGUAGAUCCCGCCCACGCAGCUUCAGCCGACCGCAACAUGCCACUACCGAAUCCCUUGCGCAGCGCAACUCCAGUCCAGAGACAAGUGGGGAUACGGAGGACACAGACGGAACCGUUACUCCUCCAGAAGCGCCCGACGAGAUUAACAAACGACCGCCACCGACCCUCCGCAGAUCCAAUUCAGAGGGUUCGCUCCUGCCUUACCGUUCUCGAUCGAUUGCCUCCUCGCUUGGAGACGAUUCACGGUUCGAGCAUGUGUCGGAGCAAGUGAACAGCCGACUGAAAGCGAUCAAGGAUAGCUGGCAAGACUCAAAUUUCAAGCUCUCUGUUCCUUCUAUGCCUAAUUUCAGCUUCUCUUCUAGGGAUGACUUAUUUCGAAAACAAAACGGUGUGUCGACGCCACGCAUAGCGAAUGGAGACUCAUCGUCCAAUGUGCGAGUCAGCUUCCUUGCCAACAACGCCAACGCACCGCUAAGACGAACCUCUUUACGGCGAUCAAGAGCCAAAGAGGCCCCGGCGGAUGCGAAAGGCAUGAGUGCUGGGAGCGCAGCAUCUCAUCCCUAUUUCACAGCGGCCCUCAACGAUCUGGAAGGCGAUCUGGUCAUCCUUGGCGGCUACCGAGGCUCCAUCCUUCGCUCUGCUGAACCACCUCAUCGCCAGCUUUGGGUUCCUAUCAAAGUUGGUCUCAAUCUCCGCAAGGUGGACCUUGAAAUUGGACUCAGCCACAAAGACGAAGAGUCUAUGGAAGAGCGCAUCAUCCCCGGUGGCAUGCUUACGCACAUCGGACCUGUUGACAUUGCAAAGCGUCUCUUCAAACGCCUGCGAGCAUGUGACAACGCCAGGAGUGGUCUUCUGAGAGUGCACGACUACGGUUACGACUGGAGACUGUCGCCACAUCUGCUUAGCCGGCGCAUGAUCAAAUACCUUGAGAACCUACCAUGCAACCAGCCGGGCGUACCCGCAGAGAAACGCGGCGCCAUUAUCGUUGCGCAUUCCUUGGGAGGACUCAUCACCCGGCACGUGAUCAAUGAACGACCUGAUCUGGUAGCGGGCGUCGUUUAUGCCGGCGUGCCUCAGAGGUGCAUCAAUAUUUUGGGACCUUUCCGGAACGGAGACGAUGUCCUACUUUCAUCACGCGUACUGACAGCGCAGGUGAACUUCACGAUUCGCACCUCUUACGUACUUUUGCCUUUAGAUGGACAAUGCUUCUUUAACAAGCAUACUAAAGAAGAGUAUCGCGUAGACUUCUUUGAUCCCAACUCAUGGGAGGAGUAUAGGCUGUCGCCAUGUAUCGCUCCAGCUUUACCAGCCCCACCCCUAGCCUCUAGCUCGAAUCUGAGCGUGAGUGGCUUACUGAACGCCAUGUCACAAGCCCUCCCAACGCUACCGGGUCGCAAGAAUAGCAUGAGCACACCGAAAGUCGACGACAACACUUCAGGUUCUAGCAGUUCGCCCAAUCUGUCUGCCACGACUAUCCGAGACACCGCUCGGAACGCUGCGGACAAGGUGGCGGAAGGCGGCGCACAGGCGACUGGUUUCGAACCUAAGAUGCAAACAGAUGUUGCACAUCCUUCGCCUGCCUUCACCAGUACGAUCCCGCAUGAUCAAGCAGUCGCCUACCUUAGCCGCACCCUUGCUGAGAUCAAAAGAUUCAAGCAAGAGCUCGAUCAUCGCCCGGAGCACACUGCGUCAAACGUCUACCCACCCAUUGCACUCAUCUACGGCAAGUCCACACCUACAGUAUACGGGGCGAAAGUGGAAAGCCGAGAAGCAAUCAAGCGUGCGGAUGUGUAUGACGAACUUGCUUUCGCGAGCGGAGACGGUGUGGUGUUGGCAAAGGCAGCCAUGGUACCGCAAGGCUAUAGCGUAGUUCGUGGUGGAGUGGUGCCAAGCGAGAGGGGUCACGUCACGCUUUUGGGAGAUCUCGAGGCGGUGGGCAAGUGUCUCUAUGCCGUGAUGGGCGCGAGGAAAAGGGGCAUUGGUCUAGGCGAGGUUGCACUGAAAGGAAAAGCUAUCGAGCAGGGUGAGACACCGGGUGUGACGGCCUGA